UACGUACAGCGUCUAUCGGGUCGCUAACAUCUCCCGCUGCAGGCUGCUGGUGGUGACACCCUCCGCGUUCCCAUACUGGCCCGCCAGCCUUCAAUCGAAGACGCCAACGUAACGUCAUUAGCUACGAAGGUGCAUCCUGCGCUUGGGUUCAUCAGAGAGCGCUCGUUCAUCAAGCAUCGCGCAUCGAGUCGCAACUGCGCUCCUGCAGCAUGCGUCCGCUCCCGUUUCUGAGCACGGGCUGCCUCCUUUUCCUAGCCCUGGCAGCGCCGUCGACGGGGCGCUACGCGCCGAACUGGCACUCCCUGGACACGAGACCGACUCCCGCGUGGUACGACGAGGCCAAGAUCGGCAUCUUCCUGCACUGGGGCGUCUUCUCCGUGCCCAGCUUCGGCAGCGAGUGGUUCUGGUGGCACUGGCAGGGAGCCAAGGUGCCGGCCUUCCGAGAGUUCAUGGAGCGCAACUACCGGCCGGGUUUCACCUACCAGGACUUCGCGCCGCAGUUCAAGGCCGAGUUCUUCGACCCGGACCGCUGGGCGGAGAUCUUCAAGAAGGCGGGCGCCCGCUACGUGGUGCUGACCAGCAAGCACCACGAGGGCUUCACUCUGUGGCCCUCCGCGGUGUCGUGGAACUGGAACGCGGGAGACGUGGGACCUCGACGCGACCUGGUGGGUGACCUCGCGCGAGCCGUGAGGAAGAAGGGCGGCGUCCGGUUCGGUCUCUACCACUCGCUCUACGAGUGGUUCAACCCGCUCUACCUGGCCGACAAAGAGGCUGGUUUCGAGAGGAACGACUUCGUCGCCCGCAAGACCAUGCCCGAGCUGGUCGAAAUAGUGACCACAUACCGUCCCGAGAUCAUCUGGUCCGACGGUGACUGGGAGGCCUCGGACACCUACUGGAACAGCACCCAGUUCCUCGCCUGGCUCUACAACGACAGUCCCGUCAGGGACACGGUGCUGGUCAACGACCGGUGGGGCAAAGGAACGCCGUGCAAGCACGGCGACUUCUACAACUGCAAGGACCAUUACAACCCGGGAACGCUCGUCGAGCACAAGUGGGAGAAUGCCAUGACCGUGGACAAGGACUCGUGGGGCUACCGCAGGAACGCCCGCCUGGCCGACUACCACACCAUCGAGGAACUCCUCGCCGAACUGUCCUCCACAGUGAGCUGCAACGGCAACUUCCUCCUCAACGUGGGACCCACCAGCGACGGCGUCAUCCUUCCGGCGUUCGAAGAGCGCCUCACGCAGAUGGGCACGUGGCUCGAAGUGAACGGCGAGGCCAUCUACGGGUCUCGGCCUUGGAGAAGCCAGAACGACACCGUCACGCCAGGGGUGUGGUACACGUCCAAGAACGACACCGUCUACGCGAUCGUGCUCAAGUGGCCUAAGAACAACAAGCUCGCCCUGGGAUCUCUGUCGCUGCGCAAGGGAGCCUCGGUCACCAUGCUUGGUCUAGACGGCUACGAUCUCACUCCCUACAGUGCGCUCACGCCCGAGAACUGGAUAAACGUGGGCCUGACGGUGAUCACGUUCCCUCCGCUCACGCCAGAUCUCUUGCCUACGCCUUGGGCCUGGGUGCUCAAGAUCCAAGGCGCGUUGUAGAGGAGGCAAUGUCGGCCGGUAAACUGUUUCGACGAUUAAUUUGAGUGCGUUAUCAUACUUAUAUAUUGAUAAUAACCAUUGCGAACUCAUUAUCACGUAUGAUGCCGGUUCAGUGAGCUCUCACAAAAUCUGCGUGGUGGCGCGGGCAUUGACGUGGCUGUCAGAUAUACUUUGGAAUUUCAUCGUGUUAUUAUCCCGAACUCGCGCUUUAGCUCCGGCCUGCGGACUGUGGUAGAAAAAAAUGAAAGGAAUUGUUUAAUUUUGAAUAAGCAGACGUUAAAACCGCUGUUUUUCUAGCGUGUCCUUAUGUCUAAUACAGUAUCAAAAGGUGUACAGAAUGUGUCUUCAUUUUGUCACAUCAACGAAGUAACAGGGAAAUAGCCAUUAAUUUAUUACGGUAGUCCUUUAUCCACAUUGCUUCAAGCACUAUGAUGACAAUAGAAAAAGGAAAUUUGCACUAACCAUAGCUUUCCGUCUUGUUAUGACAAAAAUAAAAGAGAACAAUAGACUUGUGAAAACGGCUGGAACAUUCGCAAAACUUUGUAAUUGUGCUGCAAGAUAAAUCGUUCUUGGGGGGAGUUGGUGUUUACUGUAAGACGUAAUUUUUGUAGCACAAAAAAAAUCUGAAAAAGAAGAUAUAGUGCAAGGAAAGAGCAGACAGACUGACAGGAGCUUUCUGUCUUCCUGUCUGCUCUUUCCCUUCACUAAUUUUCUCUUUUCUGAAUUUUUGCGCAACAAAACUCAUGACUUGGUAAUUGGUUUAAACAUGCAGACUAUGGCGGAAGAUAGCGCCACGGCAAACUCAGUAGUUAUCGGGAACAUAACCUUAAAAAGUACUGACAGGAAAACCCACACCAGUAAGAAUAAACAUUUGAAGUUAUCAUUCUGAAGAUGCUUAUCAAA